CCAUCACGGUAUGAAUGCAGCCAGGGGAGACCCCACCGUUUCCGCCGCCGUUGCGGACGCCCCGCGAAACGAGCUGGAGAAACUCGAGCAACUCUUGACGGAUGUCGAAGUCGAGCCAGAGCUGACAAAGGACCAGUUCAUCGAUAUCCUCAAGGAGCGGCUUAACCGGCGCAAUAUGCUCAUCGACGUUAUCCGGCGCGCGUAUUACCACGACGUUGUGGUCAUCAAGGAGGGGCUGCUGGCCCAGGAAGCGGGAGGUUCGGACGAACGGGUGAACGCCCUCCCGUCCGUCGACCUCCGCGACACGCUGCCGCUAUUUGCGCCGUCAGAAACGUACUUAAAGGUGCAUCCGUGUGAAAAGUGCGGCGGAGUGGUCGAGCUCGUCCACGGAGAAACCAGGGAACUGAACGACGCGAGGCAGCAGUGCCACCGGGCACUCAAAGCCGAGCAACAUAUGAAAGGAACUGUGCACCGACUGCGGGGAGAGCUCAAAGGCGCGACGGAAAUCUCCGACGCGCUGCAUCAGCGGAUUCGAGGCCUUAUGAAGGAAAACGCGUUUACGCUGGAGCAGCUGCAAGUGGCUCGAAAGGCUGAGAGGGACCAGAAGAGUUCGUUGGCAGAGCUCAAGUCCAAGCUCCAGCAUGCUACGGCCACGGCGGACCGGGUGGCGAAGUUGACCCAUCAAGUGAAUGUGCUGACGUUGGAGUUGGACCAGUCCAACAAGCAGAGGACGUUGGCCGAGACAAAGAGGGAUGAUUUACAGGAUGAAUAUGACCAACUCCAAGACUCGUUUACGAUGGAGAAGCAGUUGCGAGAAAAGUUUGAAGGCGAUGCCAGUACGUUCCACAGUCAGUACGAAGCCAGCAAGGCCGAGUGCGCGGUGCUGUUGUCGGAGCUGCAACUUCUCACGGAAAAGCACAAAGUGCAGGUGGAAGUGGACGAGAUUCUGCAGACGGCGCUGUCGAAAGUGAAGGAGGACUUGGCACACCAUGUAACUCGAUCGGAGCAGAUCAAGCGACAGCUGGAAGACCAGCUCAUGGCCGAAGAAGUCGCCCGGGAAGACGCCCAGGACAAGUUUGUUGAGGAGAAGAAGCGGAAUAAGCAGAUGCAGCGGGAUAUGGAGGCAGCCCAAAGAGAAGCCGCCGUGUACCAGGACCAGUUCAACGAACUUCUGCUUAAACGAGACGUGGAGCUGUCUGCCAAUCAAGUGGCGUUUGAAGCCCAGUUUAGUAGCACGGCCGAGUUGAAUGCCAAGCUGACUAUGCAAGUGGAGAUUUUGGGCAUGUGGGAGAACGAGUGGCUGUCGCAGCUCCGAUCUCGCGUGUGUGACGACUCCGAUGACGACGGUGACGACUCGGAUGACGACCAACACGACUGGAGUGACAACGAAGACGACGGCGUCCAAAAUGACUUUGCCAGUCCAGUACCCGACCACCGAUCCAUUGAGUUCAAGUCGUCACUUGUUAUAUCUCCAACACGCCUCCUCCCGUCCAAGCUAAACGUGCCCGAACAACCCGUGGUGACGAAAGUGUCACUGGUGGAAGAUGUCAUUGUACCAAUUGAAGACGACGUGGCCAAGAAGCGAAAGGACGCGAAGCGCGGGACGGUCGUGCGGAGGUCCCAGACCAGCUCUGAGACCAUUUCCAUGUUGAAAGACAUUGAAGAUGCCAAAGAAAGGAACAAGACGCAGAAGCACCGCAUCCACGACUUGGAGAAAAUUCUAGCGUCGUCCAAAAUUCAAAUCGCCGAACUGUCCAUGUCGAACCAAGUGCUGCAGAGCUCACUGCAGGAUAUCACGCUCAAGGCGACCGAGGCCAAUCAGAGCGAGAGCCAGACCACCGCCAGCUUAAGAGACGCGCGAGACCAAGUGGAGGUAUUAACCAAGAACUUGCAGCGCAUGGAGAGAAAGGUGGAGGCAUUUGAAGGGUUUAUCCUGCAACUGGGCUCGGAAUUGUAUUAUUUGGCCGAAGACCCGACGCUACUGACGCCCGUGGCCGUGUCGCUGGUGCUGGAUGUGCCCGAAGACAAGGCGGGUGCGACUCUCAAAAAUGGCCUCACGAUGGACAUGAUGGCCAAAAAGCAAGCGAUUCAACAACAGCUGUUCCUGGACCAAGUGCUCAACAACUACAUCGUCGCGUACUCGGAACGCGUUGAGAUUUGCUGUGGGAAUAUCAAACGAGCCCAGGACUCGCUCUUGGAGCUGUCUCAAGAUUUGAUGCUGAGCAAGCGGAAGAUCGACAACCAAAUGCAUCUCUUGCAGCAAAGUGCCGUGGAAACCGAGAUGCUCAAGCGCAGUCUCGAAGAGGAAAAGAUUGCAACCAGCAAAUUGGACCGAGUGGUGAAAAUCACUGUCGCAGAACUCAACGACGUCAAUGAGAAGAUGAGAGGGCACAAGAAGAUGGUGGAAGACGUGGACGUCGAGCGCAACAAAUUGCAGGAAGAAAAGCGGAAAAUCGCAUUCAUCAUGAUGGACAAGUCCAAGACCCUCGACAGGGAAAUCGACCUGAACGAGCAAUUGACCAAACAAUUGCAAAGCAUGGAGGCCGAGCUGGCAAAGACCACCGACGCCAAAACCAAGUUGUAUGCCGAGCUGCAAGUGUUUUUGGAUGACGUGGCGUUCCGAAAAGCCACCAACCAAGACGUGGGGGUGAUGGUCGAGCCUGUGACUCGAGAUGCUGAAAUGCAAUCAGACAAGUGGAAACCCCAGGUAAUAUUACACAAUAAGAAGUAGUACCAAGUAGGAGGAGAAUUCCCAAGUUUGGACGUAGGGGCUGGUGCUACGGCAACGAAAUAGCCCCAACAUGAUGCCCCAGAGAUACGAAGGGCCAGCUAAGGUGAUGGUGGCGUGCCCCAGCCUGGACACUCUGCUGACGGAGAAGAGGGACCGCCCCAGUACUGCCGUGACCAACCAAACGAUACCCAUCGCAGCGUGGACGCCGUCAGGUCGAGCGCAAACCCCAGACCAGCCCAAGCGCAAACCCACUCGAAACGUCAACUUGCCUCGGGUCUAAACAUCGAGAUUAGCACGGAAGAUUACCACCAUCUAGUUGUUCUUCUUGAAACACCAACGGUUUGAUUUCAAUCGUUGUAAUUAUAGCUGGAGAAUGGCUA